UUAUGCAACACUUGUUCUUAAGCAAGCGUACAGUUUACUUCUAAUGCAGCAGAACAAUUGUAACUAUUCUUAAGAGACGGAUCAGAAUUCUAAAGAUAUAGAUUAAUGAAAAUACAGAAUUUUCUAGAGACGGUUUCGUAAAUAGACUGAAACAUGUUCGUUUGGUGUUUCUUCCUGGUGCUUGUGCUCCUCCCUGCUGCCGCCGUGGGUGAUUUAGAAGCACUUACUCUAGAAAUAUCGAACCUCGGGCGUAAAAUGGAUUCAUUUCAGUCGUUUGUGCUUCAGGAUAUUUCGAGCAUCAAAGACAAAUUUAAUAAAAUGGAUUCAAAAAUAGACGCGAUUAUAAGACAAGACCAUAUUGAAGAAGACAAAGAUCAAGCACAACCUGGAAGCCAGACUCAUGAAGCCUCAUCUUUUAAUGACAAAAUCGACCCCAUGGGUUUACAGGAGCAGUUAGAUAGAAUUAAGAGAGGCUUUCGCGAGGAGAAAAAAGGGAUUCGACAUGACUUAGAUGAUCUGAAAGGCAUUUCACAGAAUCUUCUUGUUGGAAAAGACCAAAUUGCGGAAUACCUCCUAACGUUUGAGAGAAACGUCAACACAUUUCUUAGUAAAAUCAUUGGUGAGUUGAAAGAUGGAGUUCUCGACAUAACCAAAAACGUACAACGCGAUUUGAACACGUCUAUUGAGCGCAACGCUGUGAAUGUUGAUGAAAAAGUUCAAUCGUUUAAACAACUUGUUCAACGAACAGACACGAUCUGUAAGUCUAGCUCGGACACGAUUACCAAAACGCUGACAACAGUUCUAUCUGUAUCAGAGAACACCAUUGAAGGCUACCUGAAGAAGACCAGUCUGAACACUGUCAACCUUAUCAAUGCUGUGAAAGAAGACAUCAAUAUAAUCAAGGAAAACACUGCAAAAAUCAUGGCAAAGUCACAUGAUAUGACUCGGGCGCGCCUUGCGAACGAAAGUGAUUACAGAAACGGUGUGCAAGGACGUUUGGAAAUACUACAUGGCAGCGAGUGGGGAACAGUUUGUGAUGACGGAUUUGAUCUAGAAGACGCAAAGGUCGCUUGCUUAAUGAUCGAUUCAAAAUUCGUCUACUAUGGAUAUAAUCCAGAUGCGUAUUAUGGUCGCGGAACUGGAGCAAUUUGGCUCGAUGAAGUGGCAUGUACUGGUGAGGAGCGAUCUCUAUUUCACUGUGAAGGUGAUGGCAUUGGUGAACAUAACUGCAACCACGGCGAAGAUGUUGGUAUAAAGUGCUGGUACCGAUAGUUAAAGAGAUUCUAAAUAUACGAACCCUGUUGGAGUAUUUAAGUAGUCAAAAUAAUUACAUAGGUUUUGAACAAUAUCCCAGACGAAGUGUAGUUUUAUAACAAUUUUCUGUUAUAUCUCAUCCAAAUUGGACACUAUAUUCAAGGAGAACAGGAGACAUACUUCAAGACACGAUAAUGACAUUAACAGCUAUUGUAUGUUCGGGAAGGCACAUACAAUGAUGAACAACAUGUAUGAUUAUAUCCACAAUUUGUUUUCCAGAAGGAAGAUAUAAAUAAAUAUACUUACUUAAA